AUGGAAGUGAAAGAUGGAAAUGCAGCCCUUCUCAGCAAUUACGAGGUCUACAAGUUGCUGACUGAUCUGAAGCAGCAACGCCGGGAGACUGGGAAAAGCAAACAGAGUUCUGGCCAGCAGAAUCUGAACACUAUCAUGUAUGAAACUCUAAAAUACAUAUCUAAGACUCCAUGUAAACACCAGAGUCCUGAGAUCGUAACAGAUUUCCUCUUAGCAGUGAAAAAUCACAAGUUAACAAAAGCAGAAAAGCUACAGCUUCUCAACCACAGGCCUGUGACCGCAGUUGAGAUCCAGCUGAUAGUCGAGGAAAGUGAAGAGAGGCUAACGGAAGAGCAAAUCGAAUCUCUGCUCCAGACUGUCACCAGCAUCCUUCCAGGAGAUCCGGAGCAAGAGGAGGAGCGGCAGUCGGCCAUGGCCGUCAAGGAGGAAGGAGAGCAGGCGUAGGACGGUGUCUUCAGGACUGUAAUGAGGAUCCUUACCCGACUCUGA